AAUUUUUCUUCUCAGUGAUGUAGCCCAGAGGUGAGUUGUUUCCAAAGCAACCACAAUCAUCUACGUUCCUUUUUCCCCCCUAAUCUCUCUGUGCCUCUGUAUAUUCUGCACAGGCGCCAGGCUGUAUACAGAUGCAGAAAAUGCAAGAGAAUUUCAGCCUCACCAUCUUCAAGCACUGACUUGCACAGCUUAAAAUCUUACAGGUAAUGUAUACAUUUUACAAUGCAUGUACAUAAUACACUAUGCUUGUGUUUUGUUGAUGUUGUCCAUUUAGGGUCAGAUACUACGUUAAAUAGUGCUUUAUUCUAAUAUGGUGCUAGUUUCAAUGAGACAUAGAGUGGGUUAAGCAAGAAGGAGCCAUCUCAGUUCAGAUACCUGUGGUAGCCACGGAAUUCUUGAAAAUGAGCUGCAUGUAGUUUAUCGAAAAAAAGAUUGAAGGAGUUAAUGACCAGUGAUGGUGGUGCAACAAUGCAAUAUAUUUUUGCAAGGGGAAUUACUUUUACCUUUCCACCGUCAACAAUAUAUGAAACAAAUUAAUUAGAAAUUAACUUGAAAUCCUAGCAACAGUUAAAUAGUAAUGUAGAUUGUUUUAUAGAAAUAUUGGUGUAUGACAAUAAUGGGAGUUACAGUCCGCAGGUGCAGUUGUAUCUCUGUGCAUUGUUCAACACUAUUCAGGUGCCAAGUAUCAGCAAGUAAAAGUUAUCGGAGUAAAAAAUAAGCCAAUCUGGCAAAUUGAAAGGUGCCAACAAAAUGCAUGACCCAUUGUGUGACUCAUCAGUGUACUUUAUGUCUGAGUUACAUAAGCUAAGCUAUUGCCAAUUUACCGCCAUCUGGAUCAAUUAUAUCCAGAGACUUUCUAGUUACAUGUAGAAGAUGAAAACCCAAAGAUAAGUGAAAACUGGGGACUUGCCUUGCAAAUUCUGUGCAUAAACUGGUUAUUUCCCCAUGUAAUUUCAUUUGAUAAUUCUAGAGAAUAUGGUUUCCUUUUAUAAACAGUGUUUAUUAUAAUUCUAGAAAAAUAUGGUUUACCUUUAUAAAAUGUUCAUAAUGUUCAACGUCAUUAUAACAACAUGGCAAUGGUGCCGUGUUCAGAAGAGGGUAGUACCAUUACAGCGUCAUUUAUAUGGGUAUUUAACAUUAAAGGGACACCAGAACAACUACACCAGAACAACUACAGCUUAUUGGAUUUGUUCUGUUGAGUAGAAUCAUUAUCUUCAGGCAUUUGCUGUAAAAACGGUCUUUUCAGAGAAAAUGCAGUGUUUACAUUACAGCCUAGUGAUAACUUCACUGGCCACUCCUUAGAUGGCUGUUAGAGAUCCUUCCUGGGUCAUGGCUGCCUAAAAUGCAUCCAAACAUUCAGUGUCUCCUCCCUCUGCAUGCAGACACUGAACUUUCCUCAUAGAGAUUUAUUGAUUCCAUUCAUCUCUAUGAGGAGAUGCUAAUUGGCCAGGGCUGUGUUUGAAUCAUGCUGGCUCUGCCCCUGAUCUGCCUCUUUGUCAGUCUCAGCCAAUCGUAUGGGGAAGCACUGUGAUUGGAUUAUGCUCAGGGCCGGCGCUUCCUAUAAGACGAACUAGGCAUCGCCAGCCCUUCUAAUGCUGUAGCCACCUGAUCACUCUAUAGAGAGCCUCAGGCGGCUGCAGCACUGCCUCUCUCCUCACCUCCCCUUCCCUGUGUGUAGCGUGGCUGAGCUCCUCUCUGGUCCACGGCACAGGAACCUCCGUUUCCUGUACUCGGCUGGACUGAUAGCAAGUGCACAUCCUGUCAGUCCAGCCGGGUACAGGAAACAGAAGUUCCUGUACCGUGGACCGGAAAUGAGCUCAGAAACGCUACACACAGGGAAAGGAAGGUGAGGAGAACAUGGGGGGGGUGGGGAGGGUAGAAGAGGAGAACACGGGGGGGAUAGAAGAGGAGAACACAGGGAGGAGGGGGAAGAAGAGGAGAACACAGGGAGAGAAGAGGAGAACAUAGGAGGAGGGGGGAGAAGAGGAGAACACAGGAGGAUGGGGGAAGAAGAGGAGAACACAGGGAGGAGAGGGGUAGAAGAGGAGAACACAGGGAGGAGGGGGGAGAAGAGGAGAACACAGGUGGGAGAGAAGAGGAGAACACAGGGAAGAGGAGGAGGGGAAGAAGAGGAGAACACAGGGGGAGAAGAGGAAAAUACGGGGGAAGAGAGAACACAGGAGGGAAAGAAGAAGGAACACAGGGAGGGGUAAGAAGAGGAACACAGGAGGGGAAGCAGAGGAGAACACAGGAGGGAAAAGAACAGGAGAACACAGGAGGAGGGGAAAAGAACACGGGGAGAACACAGGGAGGAGGGAGGAGAUGAGAACAGGGGAGGGGAGGAGAUGAGGAGAAACACAGGAGGGGGCAGAUGGAGGAGAACACGGGGUGUGUGGAGGAGAACAUAGGGGUUGAGGAGAACCUGGGGAGGGAGAGACCACUAAAGGAGGGAGGAGGUGGUGAGAGACCACUAGGAGGUGGGGAGACCUGAGACCACUCAAGGGAGGAAGGUGGUGAGAGGAGAUUGGGGGAAGAGUCCACUAAGGAGGGGUGGUGAGGAGAACGGGGAGAGGGUGAGGAGAGAAUUGGGGAAGAGACCACUAAAGGAGGGAGGGGGGAUGUAAGAGAACGUGGGUGGGGGGACGGAGACCACUAAGGGAGGGAGGGGUGGUGGAGAGACCACAAGGGGGGGGUGAGGAGAGACCACCAAGGAGGGUAGGGGGAGAGCAGAGACCACUCAAGGAGGAGAGACCACUAGGGGAGGGUGGGAGAGAACCACCUAAUGGAAGGGGUGAGAAGAGACCACUAGGGGAGGGUGGGGGGAGUGGAGAGACCACUAAGGGUGGGGGGAGACCACUAAUGGAAAGGGGGGAGAGGAGAGACCAGUAAUGGAAAGGGGGGCAGAGGAGAGCAGAGACCACUAAGGGGGAGACGAGAGACCACUAAUGGAAAGUCGGGGAGAAAAGGAGAGACCACUAAGGGAGGUGGGGGGAGGAGAGUAGGGUCCACUAAGGGACAGGGGAGGAGAGGAGAGACCACUAAGGGGCAGGGGAGAUCUCUAAGGGAGGGAAGGGAGAGCUCUAUAGGACAGAGGGCAGGACAGGGAGCUCUUUCACACUACGCACACAUACACAAUGCAUCCCUAUACAUACUCAGAAACACAAAAUGCAUCCCUACACACAGAAACACAACAUGCUUCCCUUACACACAGAGGAACACACAAUGCAUCCAUUACACACACACCCACACAAUGCAACCCUUACACAUAAAGACAAUGCAUCAUUUGCACACAUACACAGAAACACAUAAUGCAUCCCUCCACACACAUGCAAACACACACUGCUUCUCUUACACACACAGAGAAACACAAUGCAUCUUUUACACACACUCAAUGCACCCCUUACAGACACACACACUGCAUCCCUUACAUACACAGAAACACACCUUGCAUCCCUUGUGCAUACAAACACAGAUUCACAUAAUGCAUCCCUUACACACAACCAGAAACAAACAAUACUAAUCUCUAAUUUAUCUCACAUUAAAGGGACACUAUACUCCCCAGAACCACUGCAGCUCAAUGAAGUGGUUCUGGUGUCUACAGCCUGUCCCUGCAGGCUUUUUAAUGUCAACACACAUUGUGUGCAGCACUGACGUUAGUUCAUAGGGCAGAUCAUAUGGGUGGGGCAUUGUGAUGUCACAUGUGGGGGGGAUUUUUGUAGUCCUCAGAACCGCUACAGCUUAAAAUACAAAAAUGCAUUCCCAACACUAACGUGUUCCUCUGACGCCACCCCUCCCCCCCCCCCAUUCCCUGUGAUGUAAAGGAUUAAGUAACCCUUUAUUCACGUCACGGGUUGUGCUCUACCUCCCCUUACAUCAGCCGAUGGGGUGACUAAUGCACAUGCACUGUGCACGCACUAGGCCUUCCCCAUAGGAAACAAUUGCCUCAAAAAACCUUUCAACUUCCUGCAGUCAAAGCCUAAACAUGGAAAAAAAAUCUUUUUACCUUAAUCCUGUAUUUAACACCUCUUAAAUAUGUACCCCAAUACUAACACCUUAUGUACCCCAAUACUAAAUUUAAUCUAAGCCUAGCCUUAAAGGAGCACUAUAGUGCCAGGAAAACAAACUUGUUUUCCUGGCACUAUAGGAUCAUUAGGGCCCCCCUCCCGCUGGGCUGAAGGGGUUAAAAUCCCUGCAGCCACUUACCUUUAUCCAGCGCUGAGCUCCCUCGGUUCUGGUGACCUCUCCUCCCCCUGCCGACGUCCGAUGGGAAUGCGCAUGCGCUGCAAGAGCCGCACGUGCAUUCAAACUGCCCAUAGGAAAGCAUUAUUCAAUGCUUUCCUGUGGACAGCGUCUUCUCACCAUGAUUUUCACAGUGAGAAUCGCAGAAGUGGCCUCUAGUGGCUGUCAAGAAGACGGUCACUAGAGGCUGGAUUAACCCUCAUUAACUCUGGAUUAACCCUCGAAACUGCUAUGUUUUCAGCUGCAGGGUUAAAACUAGAGGGACCUGGCACCCAGACCACUUCACUGAGCCGAAUUGGUCUGUGUGCCUAUAGUGGUCCUUUAAAUUCAAUAAUCCUAAACACCCCUUAUACUACAACUUUGACCCCCCCCCCCCUCAAACUGUAAUUGUUAUUAACACUAAACCACAUGUACAAUCUAAUUCUGACAUUAAUCCCUCUGUAACCUUGAACCCCUCUUUACCCUAACCACUUCUAACAUUAUCUUUAACCCUAUGUGCAUUUACACAGCUGGCCACACUCGCUAUUCUCACAGAUUCAAACACAUUACUAUACAAGCAGAGCAGAAAUAUGCACAUACAUAUCUUAACACAUAUUCUGUUGUCUCUAAAUGGAUUUAUUAUUAUUAUUAUUAUUUAUUUAUUUUUAAGGCCUGCAGUGUCCUCUUAAUAAAUUCAUUAUACUUUAUCUGCAUAUAUUUGAGGAACUGGGGCAUGCCUGAGAAUGUUGUGCCCACAGACACAUAACAGCCCUCACCAUAGCCUGAUCUAAAUAUGGAAUUUGUAAUUGACUGAUGGGGUAAAGGGGAUUAAACACUGAUUAACUAAAAAACACUGAGGACUUUUCACAACCAUUAUAAGCAAUGAUUGAGGUAUUUAAAAUGUAGGAAUAUAUUUAGCUUUUGAUAUUAGAAGCAGUUGGGGAAUAAGAAAGAAUCUCUGUAUCUCGGAAUACUCAGACAAGAACCCAAACAAAAAAUAAGUUAUCUCUAUAUUGCAGCCAGUUUUAAUUAGCUAGCUGUAUUUCCAAGAAUUAUGACUUGAAGGAACAUUCCUGUCAGAGAAGAAUAUCCCCAAAAUCACUGUAUUUGAAGGAUUAUAAAAUGUAAAAGGGAUGUGGAGAGUAACUGAGUGUUAUAUACGAAUAAAAUACACAGUCACACUUAGGAAACCACGCAAGAGAAAUAGGACUCUUGACAUUUUGCAUUAAAUAUAUAAAUUAAAAUAAUAUUUUAAUAUGAUUUACGUUAUUUUUUAAAGAGUGCUAGGAAUUGGCUAUACAUUGUAACCGGUAUUUAUUUUUAAAGGAUGAUUGUUUUAAGAUAUUUAUUUGCUCUGUCAAAGAGAUUAUGUAGCUUCUACCUGGUGAUCAGGAGAUGAAGGUGCUUGGAACCGAUUACUGUACAACUCGGGGUUUUAUAUGAACCUAUCCAUACCAUCUGAUAUUUCAAAUUAACAAGGAUGGACAUGAAACAGGCUUCUAGAAUGGGCAGCUAUGUAUAAUCACACCAAGAGAGAUCAAAAUUACUAAAUGCCCGUAUGUUGUAGAACAGAAGGGGUUGGGGUGCUUUGAACAGGAGAGGAUCCAGAUCUCAAAUUUGAGAAGGUUACUGCUGGAUUUUGUGUUCGAUUUUAUCCUUAUGCAUUUUCACAAACAGACACACACACUUACAAACAAAAAUACAAUGAGAAAUACCUAAAUCUACAACCACACAUACAUAUGUAUGACUAAAUGCAAAUAUACCCCCCGAAAUGAAGACAAGCACAGGUAUAUAACAGCUGUCAACAUUUAAAAAAAUUUCCAGGAGCAUUUCAGGGAAGAUUUAUUAAAGUGUCACUGACACUUUUACUGCUAAUUUCCAGAGAAUUAUUUGGCACAAGUGAUUCAUUUUGUAUGUUUUUUUUUCACCUGUUGCAAAUUUUGCCCCCUAACACUCAAUUGUGAAUAAACACCAUUUUUUAGUUGACAACUGAUUUAUUAAUAUUUUGUACAGUUUUUCAGAGUGCUCAGUUUUACUUUUCUUUUUCCGCCACUCCACCUUUUUUUUUUUUUUUUUUUUUUACUUGGUCAGCCCAGCCUUGGUGGCAAAUAUCACAGCCCCUGUUUACCACACCAAUCUCCUAUCACAGUCGAAUAAAAUGCAGCCUUGGAAUUUUUUUUUUUUAUAUCAGUCAUCUUGUCACAUAGUGCACAUAUAUAGAGGUGUAAAAAAUGUAAAUAAACAUUUUUAACACUAAGAAGCUUACUCCAAGGACUUAAAAAAAACACAAAACUAUUUAGUUUAUGCAAAUAUGCAGCAGAUUGCAGUUGAUGUUUCAGCCCCACUACUUCAAUGUUCAGUAAUGAACUAUCUUAAAUAUUGACUGUAUAACAUUAUUAUACUUUUAUUAUAAGAAUGUAUUACUUUUGCUAACUGCUCUUGCUGUUUCAAAGUAAAAAAUGCCAACUGUUUCACCCUCUCACUGACUCACACACAUGCACUGUUACACAUAUACACCGUUACACAUAUACACACUCAUACACUCACAGAUAUACACAUAGACAAAUAAAUACACAGUUUCACAUACAUAGUAACACACUGUUAAAUAGAUGGACACUCACAGAUGCACACAUACCCCCCCAAAAAAUACAUAUAUAAAUACAUAUACCAUUACACAUAAACACACGCAGAAACACUCACAGAUGCACACACUGAUAUAUACACACAUACACACACUGGUACACACAUAUACACACAUAUACACUCUUACACUCACAGCAUUCCUGUGCUACUACAGCAGUGGAGAAAAACCUGACACCCAUGGGGCAGGAAUUUGACUGUUCUGUAGUUUUCAGGACAUUUUCACUAGCAGAAUAAAAAUCAUCCAGCCCCAAUACAGAACGCCCCAUCCACCAAACCGGACACCUAAACAUGAGCAUAUCUAGGCAAAAAUGGGACAGUUGGUAACUGUAACACAUACAAAAACACAGAGAUAGAUACACAGAUACAUUCCACCACUGCUUUCAAUUAUUUAAUAAAGUUUAAUAAAGUACAAAGUUUAAUGAUAAGAACCAUUCGGCCAUCUAGUUUGCCCAAUUUUCAAAAUACUUUAAUUAGUCCCUGGCCUUAUCUUAAGUCUAGGAUAGCCUAUCCCACGCAUGCUUAAACUCCCUCACUCUGGUAACCUCUACCACUUUAGCUGGAAGCCUAUUCCAUGCAUCCACUACCCUCUCUGUAAAGUAAUAAUUCCUGAAUUUUUUUUUAAACUUUGCCCCUCUAUUUUAAGACCAUGUCCUCUUUACUGUGUUGCUUCCUUUUAUGUUUUUAAAUGUUUCUAUCAUAUCCCCCUGUCUUGUCUUCCCCCAAGCUAUAUAUGUUAAUAUCCUUUAAUCUUUCCUGAUAAGUUUUAUCCUGCAAUCCAUGAAUCAGUUUAGUAGCUCCUUCUCUGAACUCUCUCUAAAGUAUCAAUAUCCUUCUGAACAUACGGUCUCCAGUACUGUGUACAAUACUCCAAGUGAGGUCUCACCAGUGUUCUGUACAAUGGCAUGAGUACUUCACUAUUUCUACUGUUAAUACCUCUCCCUAUACAACCAAGCAUUCUGCUAGCAUUUCCUGCUGCUCUAUUACAUUGUCUGCUUACCUUUAAGUCAUCUAUAAUAAUUACUCCUAAAUCCCUUUCCUCAGAUGUUGAGGUUAGUAGGGUUUCAAAUAUUCUGUACUCUGCCCUUGGGUUUUUACAUCCAAGAUGCAUUAUCUUGCACUUAUCCACAUUAAAUGUCAGUUGACACAGCUCUGACCAUUGUUCUAAUUUACCUAAAUCAUUUGCCAUUUGGCUUAUCCCUCCUAGAACAUCAACCCUGUUGCAAAUUUUAGUAUCAUCAGCAAAAAGACAUACCUUACCAUCAAGGAUAAUGGGUCCAAGCCACUGCCUAACCCAUUCAACAAUAAUAUAAAACACAACAGGACGUAGCAAACAAGGUGGGAGUGAAGAAGAACUGGAGGAGAAAAUAGAGUGCUGCCCUUUAGGAAAAAGCGAGGGAUAGGUAUGUGAGGUAGAGGUUUCUCUGGGAGGCCGUAAGCUUUCCUAAAAAGAUGUGUUUUGAGGCACUUUUUAAAUGAUUGAAGAGUAUGAUGGUGGUAGACAGGCUAUUCCAAAGGAAAGGAGCCACCCGCGGGAAGUCCUGCAAACGUGAGUUGGCCAUAUGGUUGCGAGCAGCGGACAGGAGAAGGUCAUGGGCAGAGAGGAGAGACUGAGAAACGGCAUACCUAUGGAUCUGUGAAGAGAUAAAGGAGGGGCUAGAAUUGUUCAGUGCUUUAUAGGUGUCGAUUAGUACCUUGAAUUGACUCCUACAGGAUACAGGAAGCCAUUGUAAGGACUGACCGAGGGUAGAGGUAUGAGAGGAGCGACAGUAGAGGAAUAUCAGUCUAGCUGCAGCAUUCAUUACAGACUGUAGCAGAGCAAUAUGACUUCUGGGAAGACCAGUUAGGAGAGGGUUACAAUAAUCCAUGAGAGAUUACAAGAGCGUGGGCAAGAUCCUUGGUAGCAUCUUGCAUAAGAAAAGGUGUCGGAUGCGGGCUAAGUUUUUAAGGUGGAAUCUACAGGAUUUGGUAACAGACAAGAUGUGAGGCUCAAAGGUGAGGCCAGAAUCAAAUAUAAUGCCAAAAACGCGCUUGCAACGAUGGGCUGAUGUGGAUACCACCAACUUGAAGAGAGGGCAAGAGAAGAGGAUCAUUAUUACUAGGAGGAAAGACAAGAAGUUCAGUUUUAGAGAGAUUGAGUUUCAAAAAGCUGGAGCACAUCGAGUCAGAGAUGGAAGAAAGGCAAGCAGUGACACGUUGCAGAACAGCAGGAGAGAGGUCUAGGGAGGAGAGGUAUAUCUGGGUGUCAUCAGUGUACAGGUGGUAUUGAAAUCCAAAUGAGGGAAUAAGUUUGCCAAGAAAGGCAGUAUAAAGAUAAAAUAGACGGGGACCAAGUACAGAGCCUUGGGGGACUCCAACAGAGACAGAACGAGGGGAGGAGAUAUCAUUAGAAAAGGAGACAUUGAAUGAGCGUUGGGAGAGAUAGGAGGAAAACCAAGAGAGGACAGUGUCACAGAGACCGAGUGAUUGAAGAGUUUGGAGAAGGAGAACAUGGUCAAAAGUGUCAAAGGCAGCAAAGAGAUCAAGAAGAAUUUGUAUGGAGUAGUGCCUUUGGAUUUAGCUGUGAUCAGGUCGUUAUAGACUUUAAUAAGAGCAGUCUCAGUAGAGUGAAGAGGACGGAAGCCAGACUGAAGUGGGUCAAGGAGAGAGUUGGAAUUCAGGAAACACGCCAGAUGGUUAAACACAAGUCUUUCCAGAAGCUUUGAGAAAAAAGGGAGCAGGGAUAUGGGACGAUAGUUAAAAGGGGACGAUGUUUUUUUUUUUUUAAGAUGGGUACUACAGUAGCAUGUUUAAGUGCAUCAGGGACAACACCAGAAGAGAGAGAGCAGUUGAUGAUGAGUGUUAAGGAAGGCACAAAACAAGAGGAGAGAGAUCUGAUAAGGUGAGAUGGGACAGGAUCAAGUGGGCAAGUGGUGGGGAGAGAGGAAAGAAAAAGCACAGCCACCUCUUGUUCAGCUCUUGUACCCUGGGAUAAAGUCUGAAGGGUAGGAAAGGAAUGAUCCAAUAGUGGUUAAGAAAGAGAGGGGCAAGGUGGUGAGAAUUAUUUCCUUAGCUGUUGGAAAAGUAGCAUGCAAAGUUAUCGGUUGUAAGGUUGAUUUGGGGGUUGGCCACAGCAGGGCAAAGAAGGGAGUUAAAGGUAUGAAAAAGAAGCAUUGGAUUGCGGGAGCAUGUGCUAGUGAGGGAGGGAAAGUAUAACUGUUUGGAAAGGGCAAGGGCUGUGCUGUAUGAACUCAACAUGAAUUUGUAGUGGAGGAAGUCUGACUUGUUGCAUGACUUCCUCCAGCAGCGCUCAACAGAACGGGAACAUCUCUGCAGGUAGCGUGUUGAUUUAGUGUGCCACGGUUGUUCUCCUCGAGGUGCAUGUUUGGAGCGGGAGUGCAGAGUCCAGGGCUGAGGUGACGGUAGUGUUAUAUAAUGAGUUAGCCAGGGAGGGGCAGGAGAAAGAAGGGAUGGAUAGAAGUUAGGAAUCAAUAUCAUCUGAUAGCUGCUGGAGGUCAAUAGAAUUCAGGUUUCUUCCAGGAAGAAUACAUCAUAAUGAAGAAGUAAGACAGUUCCUUUUUAUCAUUGCAGGAACUGCGAUCCCAGCAAUGGGAUCUGACAACGAAUAUCUACAGCAGAAUUUUCUUACAUCUGUUACCAGAUGUUAAAAGGUUCAUGUGUGGGUAGCGCCUAGCAUAGCAGUAUAUUAGCCUACAUUGAAUCAGUGGGUGAGAAACUUAACAGGAAAAAAAAAGUGUGAAAACUAAAAUUGGAAUUUAAAUUCUAAGCAGCACCAAUAAUGUUUUUUCAUUGGGGACCUGUUUAAAGGGGAACUGUCCCUUACCAAGAUUCAUGAUAUUUGCAAAGUAAAUAGAAAUAAUGUUUGUGGUUCCUGAAAAAUAAUGAAAUGUAGAAAUCCACACCAAAGUAAUUAGGUAGCUAUUUACUGGAAUCGAGGUUCUAAUGAAGCAUAGGGUUACACUAAGUAUUAUAAUUAGUUCACCUUGCUAAAACGCUGCCACUUGCAAGAUAUUUAGAAAUUAAUUUAUGGCUGACACUGAAAAACUGGUUUAGGGCUGGCUAUGUCAAGUUUAUUCACAUUUGCAUGUUAUGUCUGCAUGCCACAACCUGGGCUGUACUCUAUUUCCAGGAGAGAGAACCAUGCUCCGGAAUAUGAUUCUGUCGAGAGCUUACCAUUCCAUAGUUUACUAUCGUGAAAACUUCAAACAUUCGUAAAUUGUUAUUUGUUUUUUUGCUUUUAGUAGAAUUACAUCCUAUAUAAAAUUUGACUAUAUGCUUUUCCUUUAAAUGUGCCCUAUUCCUAGUGUUAAUAAAAUAUACAAAUAUAAAAUACAGACCAAAUUUGUAGAAUAUUAGAAUGCAAAAAAAGCAUAGACGAGCUUUAAAUAAACACUAGGCACUAAUGUGUUUCUUUUGUUUUACUUUGAUUUGAGUUUAUUUCAUAUUCAUUAGAUUUGUAUAUUAAGCCACGUAACAGUAGUGUAUUGUUUGUUCUCCACAGGACUUAAUUUAGGACAACAUCUUCCAAGUAAAUAAUCAGUUGAUUGAAUGCACAUAUAACAGGAUUGAUUGUUUCCAUACUGGUGGAAUUUCAACACACAACAAUAAGUACCAGAUGGUUAGUGGAAAGUAAGGGAUUUAUUCACUAAUUUACAAGAUGUAGUAAGAUUUCAAUCAAAGUAGCAGAAUUCAACAUGACAAACAAAAUGUGGUAAUUUUAAUGUCAUUGCGCAUAAAAUAAACCCCAUACUUUCUUGUAACGGUUGAUAUCCUGAAUAUUAUUUUACUUGUAAUUGAUGAACAUUGGAAAUUCACUUUAAAUACUAUCAUUAGUGAAAAACCCUGAAUGUUUGUACAAACAAAUAAAUCAUAGUAAAUACAUAGCAUAGAAUACAGGCAACAUAUUCCUAGUAAAUAUACUGUAAAACUUAAUUAAUCAUGGCCUAACCUUUUUUUAUUUAACUUUUUUUUUUAGGAUGUAUGACUAGAAUAGAAUGACUAAAUCUGUCAUUUAUUCAUUUAUACGGCAUCAUGAAUCUCUCACCUAUCCACCACCUAAGCAGAGGAAAUGGAACACAAAAGAAGAUGGAGGUUGCUGUGGAACCGGGACCUUGGGAACCUCAAACAAUCAUCAUAGUGGUCAUUUUUGGGCUUGUAUGUCUGCUCCACUUGACUGCAUUUCUCUAUACACUCUGCUUUCAGAAUUAUGGGAAUUCAGAGUCCAAAACCUUGGUACAUUCUGUAGCCCAAAGGGUAGAGGAUAGGGAAGAUUCAACAUCCCAAAAAUAUCCAUCCCACUCAGUCACCGAGCCCACAUAUGUCCCACAUAGGGAGAAAUCCCCUAUACUGAUCUAUUUGUAAACAUAUGCGUUGUGUUUAACCUUUUCAUGACAAGGGCUUCAUCAAAUCCCUUUAUAUCAUGAUUGCCCUGGCAAGUUAUGUCAUGAUGGGGUAAAAAUAACAUACACUGUCACCACAAUUCCUUCUUCUGAAAGUACAUCCCUCAUCCCAUCAAAUGUUUAUUUUAGUAAUCAAAUUGCAUAGUUUGAGAAUUCUAUUUAUCCUACAUCCAUUAAUUCAAAAAACAGGCUCCCCUCUUCCUUGUACAUAAUUUGACAUCCUGGAUUUUAUUCUCAUGGCAGAAUAUUUUACCUUUAGUGGUGAACCUGCAGGUAGUCAUCUUAUUGGAAUUUAUUUACUCAGAGAAAUUCUGAGGUCCAGCUCAAUGAAUUGAGGAAGUAAAAGGAUGUUCUGUUGGUUUCCAGUGAUUGUACCACAAGUAGAACUAUACCUUACUAUUGGUGCCUCACAUUCAACAACUGUUCUCCAGAUAGCUAAAGGAACACCCAGAGUACCAUGAGUACUGUAGUAUUUAUGCUGCCAUGAGUGUCCUAGCGACCCCAAUGUAAGCAGUCAAAAGGUUUGUCACUGGUUUUAUUUCUUACCUGGGGUCAGUCAGGUACUGCCUUUUGAACAGCCUGAAGGUCUCUGCCUGAGCCAGGUCCAGCUGUUGUUCCCACCAAUAUGCUUGUCCUGCAUGUUAAUGAAAGCUCCUAGCAGGAGGCAAUACGUUAACCUGCUACCAAAUGGUUUGACUGCUUCUAUUGUGGAUGCCCCAGGGUACCAUGACCACUACAUAACACUGGUUGGUUAUGGUGCUUGGAGUAUUCUUUUAAUUUAAUCACAUAUAGGGAAACAUGAAAUGGAGGGCUGAUUAGAGCAUUUGGUUUAUGGAGAAUAGAAAAAUAGAAAUGUCCAGUAUAAAGCUGUAAAUCCAAAGAUUCUUUAUUUUAGGUGCCAAUGAAAGAGGUAUUUGACAAGUCUUUUGCUCACUGAGAAAAUGGCACCCACUCAACAACAUAAAGGCAUGCUAAUAUGUUGGUGAGAGAAAGAUCCAAAAGGAUUCAUAUCUCAUGGUGCAUUAUUAUGGGCGUCCGCUCCACUCCUUAAUGUGGAGACCACAUCCAGGGCCGGCCUUAGGGGUGUGCGAGCUGUGCGACCGCACAGGGCGCCAUGGAACAGGGGGCGCCCUGUGGCCGACACAGCUCACUCAUGGCCGGAGUGCAGGGGAGCUAAAAGAGGUACCUGGCUGGAGGAUUAAUUAUUCUCCACCCGGGUCUAUUUAAAAAAAAAAAAAAAAAAAAUCGCGGCAGAGGGGGCGGGGUUUACCGAGCGGCGGAGGCGGGGCUUAUCGAGAGGCGGAGACGGGGCUAAUACCUCCCGAAGCCCCUGCUGUACAGGAAGAGGGAAAGAUGCUUCCCCAUCAGCCAACUGCAUCCACUGGAAAGAGGUAAGUGUGUGUGUGUGACUGUUUGCCUGUUUGUGUGACUGUCUGUGUGUGUGUGUGUGUGACUGCCUGCCUGUGUGCGUGUGACUGUCUGUGUGUGUGUGUGUGUGUGUGACUGUCUGUGUGACUGCCUGUCCUUGUGUGUGUGUGUGUGACUGUCUGUCUCUGUGUGUGUGUCUGACUGUCUCUGUGUGUGACUGCCUGCCUGUGUGUGACUGUCUGUGUGUGUGUGACUGUCUGUCUGUGUGACUGCCCAUGUAUGUGACUGCCUGCCUGUGUGUGACUGUCUGUGUGUGUGACUGUCUGUGUGUGUGACUGCCCAUGUAUGUGACUGCCCGUGUGUGUGACUGCCUGUGUGUGUGACUGUCUGUCUGUGUGACUGUCUGUCUGUGUGACUGUCUGUCUGUGUGACUGCCCGUGUGUGUGACUGCCUGUGUGUGUGAGACUGUCUGUCUGUGUGACUGUCUGUGUGUGUGACUGUCUGUCUGUGUGUGUGACUGCCUGUGUGUGUGACUGCCUGUAUGUGACUGCCUGCCUGCCUGUGUGUGUCUGUCUGUAACUAUCUGUCUGUGUGUGACUGCCUGCCUGUGUGUGUGACUUUCUAUCUGUGUGACUGCCUGCCUGUGUGUGCAUAACUGUCUAUGUGUGUGUUACUGUGUGUCUGUCUGUGUGUGUGACUGCCUAUGUGACUGUCUGUCUGUGUGUGUCGCUGUAGCUGUGCCAUUGUUUGUGCCUGUGCCUGUAUGUGUGACUGCCUUUAACUGAGUGUGUGUGUACAUACCUGUAACCGAGUUUAAAUUUCCCCCACCCCUUCCUGUCAAGGCCGCACUUUGACUGACAGACGCUCACUCACUGACAGACGCACACUCACUGACAGACACACACUCUCAUAUACACUGACAAACAAUGACAUACACACAUACACUAUUACUUGGACACACACUGACAGAUGCACACUCUCACUGACAGACGCAAGCACUCACUGAAAGAUGCACAACUCCACUGACCGACACAUACACACUGACUGACACACACUCACUGACCGACACACACUCACUGACCGACACAUACACACUCACUGACCUACACACUCACUGACCUACACACUCACUGACGACACAUACACACUCACUGACUGACACAUACACACUCACUGACUGACACAUAUACACUCACUGACUGACACAUAUACACUCACUGACCAACACACACAUUCACUCACAGACACACACACAUUCACUUACAGACACACACAAUUACAGACACACACACACACACACACAUUCACUUCAAAAUAAACACUCACAGACACACACACAGACAUUUCCACUAACACUCACAAACUAAUAUUUUUUACAUUUAUUUUAAAUCCACCCAGCCUCCCUGGGAAAGCUGGAGUGGAUUUCUUACCAGCAGUCCAGUGUGGCUGCUGGGCAGGCAGGCAGGGGGCGCACAGGCUGAGUAAGCAGCGCUUAGUGAUGCCGGGAGCCGGACUGACGUCAUAUUCUGGCUCCCGGCUUCAUUAAGCGGCGCAGAGGAAGCUGAGCAGGAAGAGCUCAGGUGAGUAUGCUCCUUCGCUGCCCGCUGCCAGCCUUGGGGGGGCUCAAAAGUGGCCAGCCGGUCAGCUCUUGAGCCCCCCAGGAUGCGAGGCAAGCAAGGGAUCUGCCUGGGGGUUUGGAGGGAUGCUUUUUUUUGCCGCCCCCUGCAAAGUGGCGCCCAAGGCAGAUGCCUUGUUUGCCUCGUGAUACACACGUCCCCGGUGCCUGUGUGUGUUACUGUAUUCAGGCAACUUGGUGGGAGGUGGGGGGGGCGCCGUGAAGACUUUUUGCACAGGGCGCCUAAUUGCCUAAGGCCGGCCCUGACCACAUCCCACAUUUUUCUAACAUGUAGCAGGAAGGUAGGCGUUUUCAGAUGUACAUACAUAGUUUUGGGUUGAUCUGGCAGCCGUCCAUUUUCAUUCACCAUUGAGCAGGAAGUAGAUUGCUUAGUUGAUACAUAUUCUGGCACUUGGAAGAGCAGAAUGGAUUGAUUAAACGUGCACCCCUAUAUUACCUUUUAGAGACCAUCAGUUCACUUUCUAAUAUAAACAUUGAAUGCGUAUUAUUGUAUAGAGACACUUCAAGAUAACUUCCUUCUGUGAUGCAAUCUGCAAUUACCAGGAAGUACCUAAAAUGUCUCAACCAAUCUCAAUCCUUCUUUGCCCAGGGAAUAAUAGAAUAUACUUUUCAGCAUUCAUGAGUUGUUUCAUUUAAAGGACCACUAUAGUUCCAGGAAAACAUACUCGUUCUCCUGGCACUAUAGUGCCCUGAGGGUGCCCCCACCCUCAGAGUCCCCCUCCCACCCGGCUCUGGAAGGGGGAAAGGGGUAAAAACUUACCUUUCUCCAGCGCUGGGCGGGGAGCUCUCCUCCUCCGAUCCUCCUCUUCUCCUCCCAUUCGGCUGAAUGCGCACGCGCGGCAAGAGCUGUGCGCGCAUUCAGCCGGUCACAUAGGAAAGCAUUAUCAAUGCUUUCCUAUGGACGCUUGCGUGCUCUCACUGUGAUUUUCACAGUGAGAAGCACACAAGCGCCUUUAGCGGCUGUCAAUGAGACAGCCGCUAGAGGAAUUGGGGGAAGGCUUAACCCAUUCAUAAACAUAGCAGUUUCUCUGAAACUGCUAUUAUAAAAGAAUGAGUUAAGCCUAGCUGAAGUGGUCUGGGUGCCUAGAGUGGUCCUUUAAGUCAUUAACGUAUCAACUUGGCAAGAUAUUAGAUGCUACCUGCAAAAAAGCUUUAUCGGAGCGUUUGCUUCUUUCUUAAGAAUGCAGCAAUUUCUAUGUCAUAGAAUUAACAUCCUGUACAAAUACCCUGUAUGGCAAUGGGGAAGUACUAUAGCUUCCCAAUAAUAUCUUACAUCAAGAAGUACACAUACAGCUGUAGCAAUCUUUGUAAAUCACUGCAACUAAAAUGAACAAAAUACAAGAUACAGUAACAGCGAGCAUCUUAUACCUCAGUUUAGCACUUUCAUAUAAUAAAUAUUCGGCAGGAGUCAUAUAUUAAUGCUUCACAAGGAACUUUAGUAGUUCCCAUUCAGUUCUCUUUGGGUUUUAAUGAAAGCUGCUCCACAGAACUGGUGACAAGUUUUACUAAUAUUAAGCAACUUGGAGGAAGUAUUAGCAUAUUAUCACUUCUUACACUUCACCUUUCAGAGCAGGAGUGGGCAUUUGAGAGAUCCCCAGAUAUAGAAUUGCAACUUCCAUGAUGCGUUGACAUUCUAAAGUCUGGCAAAAUAUCAUGUGAAGUUGUAGGUCUACAACAUCUGGGGAUCUACCUUUUGUCCAGCCCUGUUUUGGAGCAUUAAAGACUAUGCACUGGCACUUGAAAGCAAGGUGUUCUAUCUCAUUGCAGGAAGAGGGAGUACCUUUAAAAAUUUUCCAUAUGUUUCCAUAGAACAUUACCAAGAGAAAUUGGAUAUAUUCAGUCCAUUUAAAAACACUAGCAAUAUUUUUUUUUUCCCAUGUAAGAAAAUACAUGGAUUUGUAAUAAAACACCCAUUUCUUAUAGUAACACUGCCAUUAAACCUGGGAUCGUACUGUAGCCUUCUUCUGGAAUCCUUGUCCUUCCAUUCCAAUGGGAAAGAAAUGGAGCUAGAAUACGAUAGGAUACAAGCAAAGGAUCUUGGGGAUUCUUAAUCUGCUUUCAUAAACAAUAAUAAAAAUUAAAAGCAAAGGAUCACAUGAGAUUACAAUUACUCAACCAUGGACAGUAAAAAGGCAAAUCUUGGAAAAUUACUAAAUCACCCUCAGGAGGAUUAAAGAAGCUUGUCCACUUGUUACAGCACAUGCAAGAAUAUAACAAGCAGAGGAUUCAACAUUGUCGGAUUACUACAUUAACUAGACAUAAGACAUAAGGAAAACCAUCAUAGAGAGGGAAAAUGAAGGUUUUUGUAACAAAUAGGCAUCAGAACAGAAGAAGCCAACAAGUGUAAACAUUUGUCACAUUGUGUACAUUAGGAAAAAUAAAUAAAUAAAGGUAAAAACAAAAAGUCUGUUGUAACUUAAUAUAUUAUAUACAUAACACACAGUGACAGAACUAAUGUAGAGAGUGUCCAGGUGCAAGAUUUUUUUUGGCUCGCCUCUAGCACAAGGGAGUCCAAAAGGUAGACCCUCAACUGUUGUGCAACACCCACAUUGCGUUGCCAUCUGGGGACCAACUUUUUGCCUAUGCUUGCAGGGUUGUAUAUGUGAACAGUGCUUGUGCAUUUGAAUGCUAGCAUGUUUUUGUAUGGAAUGUGUAUGUGUAACUGUAGGAGGAUAUUUGAAUGUACUAUUGCCAUUUGAAAGCUGUGGGGUGCUUGUAUGUAGUGUAAUUUGAAUGCAGGUGUGCAUUUGUGUGUAGUGUUGGUAUUUGAAUACUGCGAUGAAUGGACAUACACAAACACUAUCACACACACACACUAACAAAGAUACCCAUACAAAAUGACACAAACAAAUAAUAAUUUACAUAUUUUUAGCCACCCCGAGCCUACAUACCAUUUGGGUGCUUGAGGGUGCCUUUACCGGGGUCCAGAUCUAGGUGCUGGUUGAGCCUUCCUCUGUAUGUUAGGGGGAAGUGACCCAACCUCACUUUAUUCCAACACUACCUGAUAGUGGCUGGUCGCUCUGAUAAACACCUGGUCAGACCCUCCAAGCUUGAGGGCCCGGUGCAGCCGCACCAAUACUGCCACCAGUGAUAUCACAAAAUAUCUGGUUAAGAUUGUUGAUCGUAGGAGAUACAUUUAAGAAUACACAUAACUUUGUGCAACUCUUAAGAAGUAGGAACAGGACCCAAUAUACUUGGUUCAUUUUAAGUAUGCUUAAAGUGUGUUUAACAAAUAUUGUUUACUACAAAGAACUGCUAGUUAAAAGGAAAAGAUUGGGGUUUGGCCAUGACAACCGUGUGCUAUGUGUAUUAUACUGCAGUGAAUGACUUGGAAACAAAUGAGAAACGUUGUAUAGUUAAAAUGUCACUUUUAAUAUAAUCCUACUUAAAAUAAUAAUAAUUAAAAAAAAACAUCUCAAUGGUGAAAAUAUCAGACAAAGAUUGUAUUAGGGAUGUAAUAUUAUGUUUAUAGAAAAACAUCCCAUUUGUUCAUUAACCUUCAAAUGACAAUAUAAAUAAAUUAAUCUAAUUUUGCUCAGAAAUGUAUAAGAUAGGAACAAAGUGCCUGACCAAAAAUUAAAUGACUCGUUAAAAAGAAUCAGACAUUAAAAAUGUCAUAGUAUCAUUAGAUCAAUUCAUGACUGUAAGGAAACCAAGUACAUUUAAACCUUAAUCGGUAGUUUCCUCCCGAAUAGCCAGAGCCCAGUGAAUAUAGCCCUCCGUUCGGUAGUUAUGGUAGACGAAUUCCCAAUUGUAAAUCCAAUAGUGUUCCUGGAUAAUUCCCACAGCAAAACACACGAACUCCCAAACAGCACACGUAGUCAGAAGAAGGGUACAAAGAUGAACUGAAGGUUUAUUGACAGGCAUGCUCUUUUUAUGGAAUUCAGCCCAUGCAAGGGAGCCUCCCAUAUAAUUAGCCAUACAUCCAAUCCUAACAAUAUACAUACUGUACAUCUCCUCCCCUCAGAUAACCAUUAAACAUAAUUAAAACGUAACAGGAUUUCCCCAAAGUUUGGAUGUACCCCAAGGACCAACAUAUUAAAAACUCAGUCCAUUCGGUUCAGCGGUUCGGGAGAUAUGGGACUUAGAAGUUUUGACCGACUGCACGGGCAAAGUAGCCGAAAACAGUUCCAUGAAUUCUGGCCCUGCAGUCGGUCUUAGGUCGCAUGAAAAACCUCCCGAACGGCCGGCCAUCCAGCUACCAUCCUUGGUUCGCUUGAUUCCCUAUCCGUUAGUAAGUCUUUCUACCGAACGCCCGGUCGUUCGGUAGUUUGGAAGGGGGUUUACCAAAGGUCUGGAGGCUUCAGCGGUGUUCGCCUGUUUGAGUGUCCGUUUUCAGUUCCAGACAUUCAAAGGCAAACACCGCUGUUCGGGAGCUAAAAUGGCCGCGAACACGUGGAAGUCCCGAAAUGGCGGCGAGACCGUGCAGAACUUCUGUCGAACGUAAUCCAGCCAGCAAGGGGGUACAGUCUGUAUAAUGGGUAACAGGGUGGUCUGCAUUCGGUAGUUUCACCUACCGAAUGCCAUAGGGAAACAUUGCUAUUAAACAAACGAAUACAAGGGGUCAAUUUACAGUAUUAGAGGGGCAUUUCUUCACAAUGACCUCUUAAAGGUAAUGUUGCAAAAAUUACAAAAGGAGGAACUUCUGAAUUGUAUCUACUGCAGGUCCCCUCUCCCUCUCACCCCCCAAUCCCCGGUUGCUGAAGGGGUGAAAACCCCUUCAGUAACUUACCUGAGGCAGCGACGAUGUCCCUCGUAGCUGCUUCCUCCUCCGCCGCCGCUCCUCUUUUGCAUUGCGUCGGCCGGUGGGCGAGACUGAUCCCGCCCACUGGCUGGGGAGACCUAAUGCGCAUGCGCGCCAUUAGCGCUCCCCAUAGGAAAGCAUUGAAAAUGCAUUUCAAUGCUUUCCUAUGGGGAAAUGAGCGAUGCUGGAGGUCCUCACACAACGUGAGGACAUCCAGCGACGCUCUAGCACAGGGUUCCUGUGCUAGAAACCAGGAAGUGCCCUCUAGUGGCUGUCUAGUAGACAGUCACUAGAGGUGGAGUUAACCCUGCAAUGUAAUUAUUGCAGUUUAUAAAAUACUGCAAUAAUUACACUUGCAGGGUUAAGGGUAGUGGGAGUUGGCACCCAGACCACUUCUAUGGGCAGAAGUGGUCUGGGUGCCUGGAGUGUCCCUUUAAAUAAAAAAUAAAAAAAGAUUAUGAUCUCCCUUCCUUGGUGAUAAUUAAAGUCUGGGAAUAACUUGAAAUGUCAAAUGUUUGGAUCACUGCCAUGUCUUGAUAAAGUAGUAUAAACAUCAAUAUUGUAGAUAGAGUGCAUACAUUGUUUAAUUGUUUGUUUAAAGUUUUGAUGGGUCUUUCUAAAUCACAACUGCACAUGGUAAGACAUACCAGAUGGUUAGAGAUGCAGUUCACGAAAGAUUCAAAAUCAACCAGCGGGGGCAGAGCUUGCCAUUACCUGAGGGAGACGCACACUUUGUGACUCCUGCAAAACUGGUAAAAAGCCUUAUUCUUGCUCAAUCCUGCCCUUUGGACCGUAAGUGUGCUCUGCCACAAGUUGAUGCCGUUCUUCCCUAUACCGCAGCCAAAACUAUCAUGGCGCAAGGACGUAGCUACUUACCCCUGCUGCCGGCCUGUAAAAGGCUCCCUGGUGAGGCACACAAGGGCCCAAUGCUGUGCAUGAGAAGGCCAAAUGUUAAUAGAUGGCGAGCCUGACAUGAAGUGCCGCACUAAAGUAGUCACCCAGUACACCCAUGGAAACCCGGGAUAUAGGAGCAUUAGUCCAUCACCAAGCCCAGCCUAAGAUGGCCACCACGGUACAGUUGGAGGCCUCGGGCCUUACCACCUCAACUUGAUCCAGGUGGGUCAUCUAAACAACAGAGGGCUCUGACAACUCUAGAAACCUGUAUGCUAUACCUAGAGAGCUCUGUCCCUGUCACAAAACAGGACAACCAUAAUUGACUGCAUGACCUGCAGAAACUGCUAGCUGCUGAUAUUGAAGUUGUCAAAGCAGAUGUCCACAAUGUCACAGACCGAGUCAAAGCCAGGAAGGAAGACAUCUCCGACCUAAAUGCGGAUUGUCUAAUCAACAAAAACACCUAAAAUAUGCCUGCGGUAUGGUCAGUAUACAAAUGGCCAUCAUGGAAAACUGCAACAGGCCCAACCACAUCAAAAUAGGGGUAUCUCUGAUGCCAUCACCCCUGAGGAACUACCUCAUUACCUUAGCUGCUAAGUUGCAUCAAUACUUCCAUCUUCACAGGGCAAGAAGAUUACCUUUGACAUGGCAUACCACCUGCUGCAAGCCAGACAGGCUCCCCAUACCAUGGUAAGGGAUGCUAUUGUUCGGUUCUCUUUCUACACAUUCCAAAAGCCUCCUUAUGUCAGCUCUCCAUGGCAAGACGCCCCACAGUUUCAAAGACGAUAUAUGUUACAAGCUUCUGGAUACUCCGUCUACAUCUAACGUUCGACCCCGAUUCAGUGACUCCUUUCUUUUCGAUGGGGAUGCUGGGGAGAAACCUCACUUAAGUUACUGCAAGGGGGGGGGAGGGUUGCCCUGUGAAUUCUCACACACUAUGUUUCUAGGGAUGACACACGGUCUUUCUUUUGUACUUUUAUUUUGCUACAUUAUUCUUUUCUUUCGGUUUCUAUAUGUUUUACCUUGUACACAAGAGCAGCCACCAAAAGGCUGCCUUGGCUGAAAAAAAGCUUUAUUGCCAUGCAUGUAAGUGCAUAGUCUAACUACUCUCACAUGUUCAUCCAUAUAGGUAAAUGUACUUACAUCCCCACGCUGCCCCUUUGGUUAGGGGUAUACUCCACAGCUCUGCCCAUUUAUUUAAGCCUGGAACACAAGACACAUACAUCCUAUUAUAACUCGCUAAGCACACAGCAGGAUCUAUUCUCCGGUGCACUGGGGAAGCUGAUUACUAACUGUUCUUUACUCUUGCUAAGAUAAAACUUAAAAAGUACAGGUUUCUUGUUAGGAUGAUAUAGCAAUAUUACCGUGCUGCACUUUGAAUUACCUGUCCCCCCCAAAAAAAGAAAAUGUUUGCCAAUACUAGUAAUCUGGAUUAUUUGGAUGGAGAAAUAAAAUGCACAAACAGUACAUGUCCCGCAUUUAAAGUUCCUUUAAGUUGAGAAAAUCAGGCAGAUGGUUUUCCAUCUAUUCCAAGAGGACAGUGUACUAGGACAGCACUUUAAUUAGGACUUCUCUGUUACAUCAUUGAAGAAGAAGACAUUAAAAUGCCCUUUAAAUCAUAUCACAUUCCAGAAUAGGCCAUAGUUUCCCUAUAAUAUCCCUAACGCAGUGCAUUGCAAAAUCAUAGGAGGUAAUGCAGCAGAUUUUUACUAUUGUGAUGUUGCACGUUCUUGGCAGCCAGGAUCAGCUACUUGGCAAUCUCCUAUAAGCUUUUUUUUGGGGUGUUGUUGGGAUAACCCUGCUUUCUAAACAUAUCCCUAAGAUUGAUGGCUUCACUUUCAAAAUCUGCAAAUAAGAGCAGUUCACAACUGUAAAUCUAUUAGUUUUCUUUCCGCAAUCUUUAUUUUUGGCCACAAUUCAAGGUGUAUAAGAAACCUUACACUAUCUUUCCUAUCUUUUUGUUUAUGUUUGGUAAUUUCACCAGCGAGUUAAGUUUUAAGAGCAAAAAAAUGGAUCGCAAGAGAAUACUGAGAACGAGCAGCAGCUGAAAUAGCCUGCCCUUCGGUGGGUCCCCGCUCAGAUCUCAAGCUGGUUUUUGCUCAUCUUGUGCCAUUACAGAGAGAACAUAUCUGAAACAUAUCAGACUGGUCCCACCCAUACGGGCAGUCCAGAUCCAAAAUGCCAGCAAGAUCCCUCUGCACGAGAGAUACAGCAACCCCAGACGAUCGUUUCAGCCUUGUUAGGCAUCAUCAGUGAGGCAUAGCUGAUAUCUCCCUAGGCACGGUGAGCAAGGGGUCCACGUCUGGAUUUCCCUCUAAACUUGUGGAGAGCAAAACUAUAGUUUUAACUAUACAAAGCUUCUUACUUUCUUCCAAGUCAUUCUCUUUAAUUUUUAAAGAAGUAACCCCAUUUUGCACAAAUACCCAUUAAGGAUUUGGGGGUUCUUAAUACAUUUUCCCAAUGGAACCUUUUGACAUAGUGUAUAAACAUCGUGGACCCUCCCUCCCCCCCCCCCAAAAAAACAACCAAACAAACAAUUUUGACGUUGCAUAAACCUUUUUUUGUGCUGGUGUGUGUCUGUGUGUGUAUCUGUGUUUGUAUGUGCCAGUGUGUCAAGGUGUUUGUGUAUUUAUCUGACACACAUAUAUACACACACCUUGACACACUGGCACAUAGUGGCACACAGAUACACAAACAUUGGCACAUACACACACAUAUGUACACCUUGACAAAAAGAUUCACACACAUUGGCAGACACACACACAUAUGUUUAACUUACCUUUUUCUUCCUAAAGUGCUGCAGGCUGCUGGCUGAGGAUGGUGUGCCAGGUCAGCUACUCACUCCCCGCUGCGCUCCCGCUCUCCUUCCAGCCUGUGUGCUCUCUCUGGGAGGAGGUGCUGUCACUUCCUCCCAGCAUACCAUACAACAGGGGUCCAGUUGCGGUCUUAGAUGCCCGUGGCGCCUGACCGGACCCCUGUUUAGCGAUACCCAUCGGGGGGCCCUAGAUGCUUGGGCCAACCGAUGGGCAAAUCGCCAUGGAACCCCAAUUUUGUAGGGUUCCGCAGAACACUAAUUGGGAAACGCUGGUAUAAUGCAAUAGAGUGGGGUUCAAUCGUUAGGAGCACCUUAAAGUUCAAUGUUUUAAAGUAACUACUUGUUAUGUUAUGUUAUUAUUUAUAUAGCGCCAAGAAAUUCAGCAGCGCUUUACAGUGUGUGGACGAACAGAGUUGGACACACAGGAACAAAGGGGUUAAGGGGCCCUGCUCAAUGAGCUUACAUGCUAGAGGGAGUGGGGUAAAGUGACACAAAAGGUAAGGAUAGCAUUAGACUAUUAACAGUUGCAAGAAAGGAAUCAGUCGGGAGCUAUUAACAGUUUAAUUGAAUUGGAAUUAAUGCUACCUGCAUAUAAAAGUAGUGAAAUUGUGUUCAACAGAUAUUUGCGAUUUCUGAACCUCAGUAUCUUUCUACCAGGUUAUCAAAAAACAAUAUUCUUAUAUAACUAAGAUUUUCAUAAACAGGAACUGAGACUGCCACUAUAGGCUGGAUUAACCCAUAUGUAAACAUAGCAGUUUCUCUGAAACUGCUAUGUUUACAGCAGACAGGAAUAAUCCUAGAUGGACCUGGCACCCAGACCACUUCAUUGAGCUGAAGUGGUCUAGCUGCCUAUAGUGGUCCUUUAAUACCUUCCUAGAGUAACCUUUACCUCACAUACCUUUUCUUUUGUUCUUUCCUUAAGUGCAGAACUCCUCUCUCCUCCGGCUCUGCUUUAUUCCAACUUUGUUUGACUGCUAUCUCCUGUCCUAUUGUGUUUUAUUUAUACCCCACCUUCUCUAGACUGUAAGCUUGAUUGAGGUAAGUUUUUGUAAUUGUCUCAUUUAUUGUUAAAUCUUCCCCUCUGAAAAUACUGUAAAGUGCUACGGAAUAUGCUGGCGCUAUAUAUAAAUACCAAUAAUAAUUCCUCAUAGCAGUGGAUUGCCCACUAGACCACCAGGGAUAGAAAAAAGUCCCCCCCCCCUCCCUCAGUAAAGGUAAGAAGGGAGGGGGGACAUAAAUUUAUUUAUUUAAAUUUUUUUUUAUAAAAAAGCCCCCCUGCCCUCCUCACUACACAUUCACCAUACACAUGCACAAACUGCCCCCUUUACACACAUUGCCCCUCACAUAUACACUGCCCCAAUACACAUUCACACACUGCCCCCCAUACACACAUUGCCCCCCACACACAUACACUGCCCCCAUUCAUACACUGCCCCCCACACACCAUACACAUUCACACACUACACCCCCCCCACACACACUGAACCUUUCACACACACUGCACCAGUCACACACACCACUACUUCUAUACCCUACUACAACCCCCUAUCCCAGUAGACCCCAGGUAAGUUGUCAAACUGUUCUUAAACGGUUUGACUACUUACUCUGGGAGGGGGUCCCGGCACCAUAACCACUACACAGAGCUGUAGUGGUUAUUUUGCAUGGAUUAUUUCUUUAAAUAAUCUACAAGUGCCCCUACCGAGAUCAGGCUUUGGAUUCGCCAAUGCCACCAAAGCGGUAUAACACCAGAGCAAGUUCUUGCUCUUAAAAUUGUAAUAGGAUACUGUGUUUAUACCAAUAUCUUUAUACUGACAUACUACACCAUCAAAAUCUUCAUGUUUAAUUCUCCAUAUAUUGGAAUACUACUUCAUAUAAUCCAGUGGAGCUUCAUACAUCCUGGGACGGGGAUUGUACUGUUCAAGCACUAAACAGCAGAGCUUUGAGAAGCUCAGCAAAGUGUGAGUUAGUGCUCUUAAACACCUAUCUAAUCUAUACUCUUCAUGAGACAUUGCACUAUUAUCGGCUUUUUAUCUUUUUUUUUUUCCUGAGGAUUUUUAUUAAAUGGUUAAUUCAAGGUGUCAGGGGAAAAAAAAUAAUAUACACACACUCUAUAAGCAUACCUUACCUUACACAGUGUUGACCCACAUUAUUGGGUGCGGUCUAUCUCCCAUUGUUUUGUUCCUUGGUUUAACCCUCUCAUCACUAUCUCCCAGGGCCGGCCUUAGGGGUGUGCGAGCUGUGCGACCGCACAGGGCGCCAUGGAACAGGGGGCGCCCUGUGGCCGACACAGCUCACUCAUGGCCGGAGUGCAGGGGAGCUAAAAGAGGUACCUGGCUGGAGGAUUAAUUAUUCUCCACCCGGGUCUAUUAAAAAAAAAAAAAAAAUCGCGGCAGAGGGGGCGGGGUUUACCGAGCGGCGGAGGCGGGGCUUAUCGAGAGGCGGAGACGGGGCUAAUACCUCCCGAAGCCCCUGCUGUACAGGAAGAGGGAAAGAUGCUUCCCCAUCAGCCAACUGCAUCCACUGGAAAGAGGUAAGUGUGUGUGUGUGACUGUUUGCCUGUUUGUGUGACUGUCUGUCUGUGUGUGUGUGUGACUGUCUGUCUGUGUGACUGCCUGCCUGUGUGCGUGUGACUGUCUGUGUGACUGCCUGUCCUUGUGUGUGUGUGUGUGUGUGACUGUCUGUCUCUGUGUGUGUGUGUGACUGUCUCUGUGUGUGACUGCCUGCCUGUGUGUGACUGUCUGUGUGUGUGACUGUCUGUCUGUGUGACUGCCCAUGUAUGUGACUGCCUGCCUGUGUGUGACUGUCUGUGUGUGUGACUGUCUGUCUGUGUGACUGCCCAUGUGACUGCCCGUGUGUGUGACUGCCUGUGUGUGUGACUGUCUGUCUGUGUGACUGUCUGUCUGUGUGACUGUCUGUCUGUGUGACUGCCCGUGUGUGUGACUGCCUGUGUGUGUGAGACUGUCUGUCUGUGUGACUGUCUGUCUGUGUGACUCUGUGUGUGUGACUGCCUGUGUGUGUGACUGCCUGUAUGUGACUGCCUGCCUGCCUGUGUGUGUCUGUCUGUAACUAUCUGUCUGUGUGUGACUGCCUGCCUGUGUGUGUGACUUUCUAUCUGUGUGACUGCCUGCCUGUGUGUGUAUAACUGUCUAUGUGUGUGUUACUGUGUGUCUGUCUGUGUGUGUGACUGCCUAUGUGACUGUCUGUCUGUGUGUGUCGCUGUAGCUGUGCCAUUGUUUGUGCCUGUGCCUGUAUGUGUGACUGCCUUUAACUGAGUGUGUGUGUACAUGCCUGUAACCGAGUUUAAAUUUCCCCCACCCCUUCCUGUCAAGGCCGCACUUUGACUGACAGACGCUCACUCACUGACAGACGCACACUCACUGACAGACACACACUCUCAUAUACACUGACAAACAAUGACAUACACACAUACACUAUUACUUGGACACACACUGACAGAUGCACACUCUCACUGACAGACGCAAGCACUCACUGAAAGAUGCACGACUCCACUGACCGACACAUACACACUGACUGACACACACUCACUGACUGACACACACUCACUGACCGACACACACUCACUGACCGACACACACUCACUGACCUACACACUCACUGACCUACACACUCACUGACCGACACACACUCACUGACGACACAUACACACUCACUGACUGACACAUACACACUCACUGACUGACACAUAUACACUCACUGACCAACACACACAUUCACUCACAGACACACACACAUUCACUUACAGACACACACAAUUACACACUUACAGACACACACACACACACACACACACACAUUCACUUCAAAAUAAACACUCACAGACACACACACAGACAUUUCCACUAACACUCACAAACUAAUAUUUUUUACAUUUAUUUUAAAUCCACCCAGCCUCCCUGGGAAAGCUGGAGUGGAUUUCUUACCAGCAGUCCAGUGUGGCUGCUGGGCAGGCAGGCAGGGGGCGCACAGGCUGAGUAAGCAGCGCUUAGUGAUGCCGGGAGCCGGACUGACGUCAUAUUCUGGCUCCCGGCUUCAUUAAGCGGCGCAGAGGAAGCUGAGCAGGAAGAGCUCAGGUGAGUAUGCUCCUUCGCUGCCCGCUGCCAGCCUUGGGGGGGCUCAAAAGUGGCCAGCCGGUCAGCUCUUGAGCCCCCCAGGAUGCGAGGCAAGCAAGGGAUCUGCCUGGGGGUUUGGAGGGAUGCUUUUUUUUGCCGCCCCCUGCAAAGUGGCGCCCAAGGCAGAUGCCUUGUUUGCCUCGUGAUACACACGUCCCCGGUGCCUGUGUGUGUUACUGUAUUCAGGCAACUUGGUGGGAGGUGGGGGGGGCGCCGUGAAGACUUUUUGCACAGGGCGCCUAAUUGCCUAAGGCCGGCCCUGCUAUCUCCACAGGGGUACACUGUACUAAAUAAAUAUUUUGCACUAUAUACUUAGUGAUUUGUUACUCCUGUUAUUAUAUGCAUAUUCUAUUUCUUUUUGUUUUCUUCAUCUAUGAUUAUGUGUAUUUAGUUAUCAUUUUCUGUCUGCUUAACUUGUUAUUUCUUUCUUUCCUGUCAUACUUUUCCUCUCAUGUCUACAUACUUAACUUUAUUCCAGCUGUAUUUUGUUUUUCUGUAUUAUUUUGUUUCUUUGGUGCUUUGUUUUGGAACCUUAUUUUCCCCUGCUCGGGAUUUCGAGAGGCCUCUCCUUUGGCCUCCUCCGAUUUCCGUAGCCGGCAGCCAUUGUUCUUUCUGUUCUUAGGCUAUGGUUUAAUUCGACUCAUAAUACUGCUUCCUUAUUAGAGGGUGACCCUCGCAUAAACACAACUCUAUGCGGUUUUCAUACCAACGCCGGUCAGUUUUUUGUUUACCUUACAGCUUAGGUCAGUACACGAUACUGACAUCAUUAUUAGAAGGUGAGUCCCCAUCAAAGCUCAGCCCAAUGCUGAUUGUUAGAAUGCUUCAUAUCAGUUUCUCUGUUUACCCUACAGUUUACGUCAAUACAUGAUUCUGAUUUUUCAUUAGUAGAGGGUGAGCCCCUCUCAUUCUCUCAGCCCUACACUGAUAUGGAUACUAAUUACAGUAUUAGAGAGUGAGCAGUAUUGAUAUUUAUUCCGACUACAAUCUAUUACAGUAUAUAUUACUGAUUUAUUUAUAGGAGGGUGAGCCCCCUUCCCAUUCACAGACCGAUAUGGAUAGUUUUCUGCUUCCUGGUUUAUCAAAGUACAUAUUACUGAAGGGUGAGCCCCUCUCAUGAAGACCGCCUCAUAUCAACUGGAAAUUUGGGGGGCGAGCCCCUACAUUACAGCUCAUCUCAUUAUAUUUUAUUAUUUUUUAUUACUAUAUAUGGGCUUCUGGGGUGAGCCCCCUGAUUUCUAAGAGUGCCCUAGCUUAUGCUAUCUGCUACUGUUACUGGAAUGUAUUCUGUACGAAUAUUACUGGGUGAGCCAGUUAUUACAGAUAUGUAUAUAUGAAAACAAAAGGAGAAAGUAAUCUGUCACAAGAUAAUUUCAGAAAAAAGAUUAGACGAAAUACUUUAUUAAUGAAGCUUAAAAGCGAUCACAGACACAUGCACAAUCACUGAUCACUACUGUCUCAAUAAUGGAUAAUGGAGGUAGCAAAUGUGAUCAAGUGAUAUCCCUAAAUGAGGAGUAUAUACGAACAAGGAAAGGAGUGAAAUAAAAUAAAUAUACAAAAACCCAAGAAAAAGGGGGGUUGUAAUAGAUAAACCCCCCAGAAAAAAUAACAAAAAGAUAAUAAUAAUAAUGAAUAACUGCACAGUGUGCGCAAUAAAGUAACAAUAGAUGCUACUUGACACUGUUGUGAUGAAAAAUAUACAGAGUAGCAGAGAUAGAUGGCAAAUAAAUGGACUAAGUAGCUAAAUAUCAAAAGAAGAAAGUUACUGAAUAAAUGGCAACAUAAGGGUCAACAUGCAAAGAGCAGCACCUAAAAAGUAGCUGCCAUAUCAUGCUAUGAUAAGCGAAAUGGCAGAAUAUAAUAAGGCCAAUCUUUCAAAUUCAGAUAUGUAUAUAAUUUACCCUAGCAGAUUCGGUCUGCUACUAUACAGGCCUAUAUUCUAUACUAUUCUACCCCCACCCCCACAUCAUAUUAUUACAUAUCCAGAUACCUUGUCUUGCCUGACUUUGGCUAUUGGAGCUGACUGGCACUGUUACAGCUCCGAUGAUUGGCCUGCUUUGUCUGUGCCACUGUACCUCCCUACUGGAUAUUCUCCUGGAGGUUGUAUUAUUACUGGGUGAGGCCCAGUUUCUACAGAUAUAUAUAUUAUUUACCCUAGUAGAUGGGAUUUGGUACUAUUACUGGCCUAUUUUAUAUACUAUAUUACUGGGGGUGAGCACCCCAUCAUAUUAUUACAGAUCCUGGUACCUUACCUUGCCUGAUAUUGGUUAUUUGAUCUGGCUGUCGCUGUUACAGCAUUAUAAGUGGCCUGCUUUGUCUGUGCCACUGUACCUCCCUACUGAAUAUACUCCUGGAGGUUGUAUUAUUACUGGGUAAGCCCUAGUUAUUAAGGAUAUAUAUAUAUAUAUAUAUAUAUAUAUAUAUAUUAUUUUAGAAUCUGAAUGGGAUUGAGCAGACGAUCACGCAAGGCUUUUAUUUAUGCCAAUAUAGACAACCCCUCAGGCAUUUUCUCCUGUCGGAGGAAUCAGUAGAUUCCAAUGCCUCCAACUACAGACAUACACAAUCCUGCAAGCGCUCCUGGACAGGGGAAGACCCACUACUCCAUGUCAGAAAGAGCAUGGUACGCACCAAGCUCGUGAAAAGACCAGAGUCUCUGGUCAGCUCUGCAGUUUCUACCCAGUAUCUAUUUGGGAUAAAUGGCAGGAGGAACGCUUAACCUCUGACAGCUGACAAGGUUCGGAGGUGGAGGACUCUCCCUUUGUACACAAAGCAUUCAGGAAAGCUUCCCUUGAUUUCUCCUGCGCAACCACCUACGUCAGGUCCAAACGGCGACAUCUGCUUGGAUUCGAUGGGGGAAACCUCUCUUUGACCCGCAUUAAAUUAGUCACCCAAAAGCUGGCUCCCGAUCAUCUGGCCCAGUAUGUACAUUACUGGACUCAGAUACCUAGAUUGGGAAGUGCAUACAAGAUUCGGGCAGCAUGCCCAGACCAUUUCUUCCUGAUCAGGUCUCAAUGACCCCAAAGUGCGACAUAGGGACCUACACAUACUUCGCAAGAUCGGGACCUGACCCUCGUAGGGGUAUUGAUCACAGCCUGAGACUGGCUCAAAUCAAGUUUUUCAACAUUCUUGAAAGCCUGGUGUAUUUUUUCACUUCUAGCGGGUGAAGCCCAUACGCAAAGCUGCCCUCUGGAACAGCCUUUAUUAAGACUCAGCUUUCCCUCCUAAAGGCCUACUACACAACGCUAGGUAUCAAUAUGCACUGAAUGAAGAUGGGUGGCGUUCAUUUAUAUAGAUGCCGAGAUUGUAGACCCUAAAUUAAGAACGGGGUCCCUUGGCCUAGGACCUAGGCUUUGGAGAAACAUUAUUAAAGAAUUCACGAACACAUGUACUUACACACCACACUCAAUAGAGCCCACUUUUCAGUGUGACGAGCGUUUUAUCAGACCCCAUCUCGAUUUUUCCGGCAGGGUUGAAUGACAGCGGGUCAUUACUACAGCCAUUUUGAACUAUUCCAUUCAAUCACUAUACAGACACCAUUCCCACCGAACCAGGUCUGGACGGUGGACCGCCAGGCACUUGUAGACGAGAACUCCAGACCCUGGUCAACUAAAGAGCCUGUCAGCUUCCCAUCUGACUCCAUAGGGGUGUCUAUGGAUCCAGCCUUCUUAUUCGUAAGUUUACACACGGUCUUUAACCUCCAGAUUCAGUAGUUUUCUGUUCCAUGUACCAACGUUUGCUGUGUUUCCUAGGGCCAGGUCAACCUAUCUACUCUCCAAUCUAAGUGUGGGCUCUUGGUGAUUCACCAACUGCCAAGACCAGUGACGGCUCAACUUUGUUUACAAAGGUUUCCAUUACCUCAUAGCCAGACUCCUUAUUACUCUCCCGCGAGGAUGCCCUGAACUGAUCUCAACCUCACUUUACGAUCCCCUUGUUCGUAUACCUGGGCUUUGCAGUCUUCCAAGGAAAGUCGACCCACACCCCGUCCCAGGUGGUGAAGUUCCGGGGUUCAGGACAGACACGCCCAUGGGAGUGCUAUGGUCAUAAAUAUUCUACAAUUUGCAUGGAUAGCCAGAGAAUUCUAUGCCGCGACCAGAUUCCCCUUUGCACGCUAGACAACGGAGUAGACCUAUUUUCAGAUGAUAUCACUCACUUCAGAGGUCAAUGGGGAAUGGUAAGACUUUUAUUCUUUUCUGCCCCAGACUUGGUCAUGGUUUCAAACAAAAGUCUUAAGAGUAGGGAGCUGCUUGCGCGACCACAUCACCUGAUAGCCCUUGGGACGCUCAAAAGCCGACUUCCACAACUUUGGUCCAAAACUGACCGCGGGUUUUUCUUUCGCAAUCUCAAGUUACACUGAUAAUAUAUCAGACUGUUGCAUCCUCCUGAAAAUGGAAACCAUAUUGGCAUUGCAUUACAUCGACCACCCUGGCAGAGCCCGGUCACAUGUUCCCGGGAUUGGAGGAGCAUGAACGACUGCCGCCUGUCGAUCGCAUUUCCGUCACGUCUCUGUCAAAGGAUCCAUUCAGGACGAAUCCUUUGGCCUGACCAACGGAACAAGCAUAGUUUGCUUUGUUGACUGAGCGCUAAAACCGCAAAUAUGAAGCCUCCUGUCGUUAUAAAAUUGUGCUUGCUUUAGUGUACCUAUAAUCUUAAUUUUAUUUAUGACAGGAGGCAAAAAUUUCCCUCCCAGUUUUUUCAUCCCUACCCUUGUCUGACCUCUGGUCAGAAGCUCUGUGUAAUUAGGUAUGUAUGCAACUCUGCUUUUUUCUGCUACCUGUCGCUUUUCACAUUACUGUUUCUUACAUAGAAAGGUUGGGAUCUUUGUAGAUUACAGCAAUACUGUUUGUCGCACUGGGUGACUGCAUGUUUUUUCAGAGUACAUUUCAUUAUCUAACCAGCCCUUUCAACUGUUUUUCUCGUUUCAGUUUAUAAUCUGUCCGUGGCUCCACCUUUAAAAUUUCCUCUCAGCUGGAUGACAUCGUUGACUUCACUGCCUACAAGGAUUUGUUACACUGCAUUUUAUUCUGUUUUGUCGCAGCUUGAAAGAGGAAGUUAUGUGUGGGGAGGGGAGCUUUAUUUUAUCUAACUUUUUUCUGAUUGGUUGAUUUUCUCUGUGUUAAUGCGCUGCUGUAGAGUUCUAAUAAAGAGGGACUUAAGCAAAUAUUCACC